CACUUAGCAGAACCUCUCAGUCGUUAUAAUUUAACUGAAAUUAUAUAAAUGUGAAAAAUGUAAAACGGCACACACAAACUCUUAUUCCUGUCAUAACGAUAUCAACAUAACACUUCUACACUGUAAGGGCUUUUAACAAAGUUGCAUUUCCAAUAUGGUAGGAGAGGUUGUUGUUGUUGAGCGGAUUGUUGUCAUGUCCUCGCAGUGCCUGUAGUGGUGCUGUGUGGAGUCGGCUGUGGAUCCAACAAAAAUCCUCAGCAGCCUGCCUACUGCUUGAUAUUUGCUCUGGAUAGCCUAUAUUUAAAUGCAUCCUUAUUUCCAGAUAUACCGAGCUCGAUGAAGAUCACUGCUAUUAUCUUGUCUUCGAUAUCGAUGCACAAAUAGCCUAGCAGAUUGCAAUAGACAUUUCGGCCGUCUAUCUGGAGUGAAUACCUUACACAGCCCAUACCAAUUCAAGCUGAUGUUGUCAAGAACAAGAGUCACGUGAUGUAUGAAGGCAAACACAUACACUUCUCAGAGGUGGACAAUAAGCCGUUGUGCUCGUACAGCCCAAAGCUCUGCAAGCAGCGCAGACUCAAUGGCUAUGCUUUCUGUAUACGGCAUGUUCUGGAGGAUAAGACAGCCCCCUUCAAGCAAUGUGAAUAUGUGGCCAAGUACAACAGCCAGCGGUGUACCAACCCCAUCCCCAAGUCAGAGGACCGCAGAUACUGUAACAGUCACCUGCAGGUUCUGGGCUUUAUCCCCAAGAAGGAACGGAAAAAGAAACAUGACGCUUUUGAGGAAAUGCGCUCACGGGCUCACCUGGAGUCAGUGGCUCUUAACAUAACUGUGCCCUCUUUAGCUCUGAAAGCUCAGAAUGGUCUAGAUGAUCUACCGCCAUCUCCUCCCUGUUCACGCCUGUUACCCCUCCCUGACGGGGAACUCCUGGACCCUUUUGCCUUUUAUGAGGAUGACACUGAUGGUGAGGAGGUGGGUUCACCUCGGAAGGGCAACGCCAUCAAGAAGAAACUACAGAGCCGGCUGGUGCUCAACCAGAAGCUCUGCCAUGACACGGACCUCUUCCAGCCACCUCCUGAGCACUUUAAUCCCUCCCCAGGCCCCCGUGUCCACCCCUCCUCGCCACUCAACUCUCAUCUCCCACGGCAACAGUCAGGUCUCCUCCAGCCGCCCCAGCACUCCAGCGUGACUUCCUUCAUUUUCCCAGGACAGCAGCAGGGUUUAUUAUGCAAUCCACCACCACCUCAGACGGUCAACUUUCUGCCUCCAGGGAUGCCCGCUAAUGCAGCACCCAGUCCAGUGCAACCUACUGGGCCAUCACUCAGCAGGAAAAUGCCUUUCAAUGCUACUCACUUGCCUGUCAGUUGCAAGGACAGUGGUAGUAACAAUCAGCGGCACAUGGUUGUCAUGCGUCCCGCUGCCUUCUCACCUUCUGCCAGCUGCCUGGCCAGGUUGCAACAUCUGGUGCAGCUCUGUGCCAAGACACACCAGGAGCAUGGAGACCUGUUUCCUCAUCUAGGACUGGACUGGUCAGAAGACAGUGCUGAUGAUGACGAUGAAGAGGAGACAGAGACAUUUUUUCCUUUUCAGAGCUCUUGGAGACCCCAGAAUGGGUUGGAAGAAGAUAGCGGCUCCUCGCGGCGAACAAGGCUACUUCGGCUUUGCUCGUACCUCCAGGAGAAAUACAAGCACAUGUGCAGGCAGGAGAGGGCGAGCAUCCGCCAAAAGAGAUACCGCUAUGUCUUCCGCAAAGCCUUGCUACAUGCUGCCGGUAACAACCCCAACUGUGCUGGGCAGCUCAUCCAGGAGUUACGCGGUGCCUCUCGAAGCUCCUCAAGUGCGGCUCCAGGAAGGCAGCAGAAAGCAGACACAGGGACCUGCACUGGCAGCACAAAGGGCCAGGCCUGCAACAACAGGGCUCUGCCCUUCACACGACACUGCUUUCAGCACAUUCUGUUGAAUCGUUCCCAGCAGCUCUUUGCUAGUUGCACAGCCAAAUUUGCAGAUGGUCAGCAGUGCUCCAUCCCUGUGUUUGAUAUUACGCACCAGACACCACUCUGUGAAGAGCAUGCCAAAAAAAUGGAUAACUUCCUGCGAGGGGAUGGUAACCGACGAGUGCAGCACCAGCAGCAGCAACAGCGGAAGCCACGUAAAAAGACCAAACCCCCGGCACUCACCAAAAAACACAAGAAGAAGAGGAGGAGAGGGCCGAGGAGGCCUCAGAAACCCAUCCCCCCAGCGUUACCGCAGGGGAACCUGGGAAUGCCUUCUAUAAGCCUCGCAAUGCCCUCGCAGGCCAGCAUCAGGAGCCCCUCAACUCCAGACCUGAGUGCAGAGGAGCUUCCUGACGAUAUCACCAAUGAAAUGGCAGACAUUCCAAAUGACCUCGAGCUAAACCAGGAGGAUUUCUCCGAUGUGUUACCCAGACUGCCCGAUGACCUACAGGACUUCGACUUGUUUGAAGGGAAGAAUGGGGACUUAUUGCCCACCACGGAGGAGGCUGAGGAGCUGGUGCGAGCCCUGCAGGCUAUGGGCUCCUACCCAGACUCUUUGGUGUGCCUGACCUCCAUGGGGGACCUGGCCCCCUCUGAAGGAGUGGACCACCGAGCCAUGGCAGUGUUCCCUGGGCCGGUGCAGCCGGGGGGGAUGGGCGACCUGCUCAACAGCCGCAUCCAGACAGAGAACUUCAGCAGCCUCGAGCUGACGGACAAUCUCCUGCAGUCGACAGGGGGUCACUUUACCCCCUCGCCCCCUUCUCAGCCCGCUAACCUGCCCCAGACGUCGUGCUCCAACCUGACCUCAUCUUCUUCUACGGUAGCCCCCUCCACCACCUCCCUGCUCACUCAGAACUCGUUAACGGAGCGAACGUUUCCCCGCACACACGCAUCCCACGUCCUGGCCAAGUCUGACACACAAACAUCGUCCCCCCAGGGCAGCCAUUACAGCAGCGAGCACGGGCCCUCCCCAUACAGCGACCACAUAUCUUCUCCCCACGCCAGUUCCUUCCAGUCUGACACCCCCCUUCUGCUGGAAGUCCCUCUCAGCGGGCUACCAGGACCCCCACGCUCUUCAUGGAACAAUCUCCCCCUCCCCCUCACAGACCCAACACAGUUUGGCAAUCUCAUAGGAUCAGAAAGUCAUCUCAUAUCCACCUCUCUGUCAACGCCCCCGGCCACCACCCACUCUGUGACGCUGCAGCCCAUGGCGGCCCUCUCAGCGAUGCCUCAGAGCGGCCUGACUGGUUUAACCACGGCCCCCGCCCCCUCAUCCUCGCUCCCAUCCGCCUCACACGAUCUUCUGACCUGCACAAAGCCCAAGCAGCAGCUCCCACAGUUCAGCGCGGCCUUCGGCCAUCAAUUGGCCUCCCACAGUGGCAUCCCGAAAGACGUGCAGCCCAGCCACAGCUCCAUAGCGCCCCCCGCUGGCUAUUCCAUAGUUAGUGCCACCGCUGCAAGUGCCAACAGCGCCACGCCGCCCUUCACGCAGAGUAAAUGAGAGCCUGCAACGGUCUGUUGACUCACAGUCACUUACAAUCCAGUCCACUGGCUCCGGUUUAACCCCCCCUUUUUCAUCUGCUACAUAUGUGCAAUGUGGUAAUAGUGCACUAUUUGAUAAUGAGUUUGCACAACCUCAGAUUUUCCACAAUAUUUUCUAUUUGUUUUUUUUAAUCCUGUAGCCAGGCGGUCUCUCGGAUUUUAAGUCAGUGUGAGUCGACUCGUUUGAUGCCUUGUGGUUUCGUCAGCAAGGGGGAAACGAUCCGUUCUGAAAAAAACGGGUGAAAAUUGGCGAAAGGACCUUUAGCCGAGAUUAUCUGUCAGUGCUCCGAAUUAAUUGACGUAGAAGCCUCAAUCAGUGGUUGGUUUGUUUGCUUUGCCAGUUCAAGUCGUGUCUUUAAAUGAUCAACUGUACCCUGCCUUGCUCAGAUAGCCAUUGCAUUUUCUUAUUUUUCAACCUGCUUCACACACUGCUUCUGUCGCCCUCUGACAAACUAAGGGUACAGGUUGUCAUAUUUGUGACCCAUUAUGUUUCAAGCUAUUUAACUGUUAUCAUGAUUAUAGAAUUUUACUGAGUCCGAUUUGUCACUCGUAUAAAUUUACCAAAAUACUUUUAAACGGCUGUUUUUUUUUGUUUUUUUAACUGUGUAUACUGUAUAUGUGCUCAUUUAUUGGUUAGCUCAAAUGUCUGACCUCACCAUUGGUUGUGGCACUCUGAGUGGCCUAGUAGACACUUGAAGGUCAAAAUAGUUUCUUAAAGCAAUAAACACAUUAACAUAACUCUAGCAUUGUAAGGUAUUUUAUUGGUCUCAUCACAUGUAGCUUCACUUGCUGAAUCCAGACUGGAUCAGGAACAUAGUUUGGCCUCUAUAACUGUUGUAUUUUUUACUUUACUCCGAAAUAGAGCCUGCAAAGAUCAGUGAUCAGGUCAACCCAACAUCACUUUUUCUCUCCGGUCAUCCUGAGUGGAUUUCUAAAGCUAAUACAUGAGCUUUUGUUAAUGAUGGUGUAAUCCAGGGACUUUAAGUGUCUACUCUAAAAGGUGCUCUGUGGUCCACAUAUACAAUGGUUAUUAGUGACUUACAUGUGAGGCAAAUGUAGUGUCAAGACUACAAGGCAACCCACUUUAACACGUCUGAAUACCCUGAGAUGGCUAAGGUAGGUGAUUUAAAUGGUUUUGAGGAGUGACAGUUUCACUAAAACUCACAAUUUUAAGCUAAAUGAUGCAAUCCUGGGGUCUGGAUUUAAUUUUAGAAAAUAAAAACCACCCAGAAGCUCCUCCCCUGUCUGUUACCGGCUCAUACAGCAGCACAACCAUGGCUUUUGAUGGAAAUUAUUAUAUAAUUAGACAUUUGACAGACAUUGUUGAGUAUUAGGUAUAUAGAGCAAGCCUCGAUCUUGGGGUUUGUUGGUGAAAUAUUGAGUAGCAAUGGAUUGAAAUUGGUAUUUGCAAUGUAUUCAGUGGAACAUGUGUCUUGUAGAAUGAGUCUCUUGUUUAUUAAUGGCUAUCGAAAUGGUUGAAUUUGGAGGGAUCAAUGUUUGUAUGCUGUCACUUAUAUAUAUCCUGAUUGAGAGUAUUUUUGAUGGCUAUUAAACUCCAGGGAGAGGUCUUGAGAUUUGCAUGGUGCAGCAACCUUUGGUCUGAGAGCACUAUAAUAUUAUUAGAUUAUGGUCACUGGCUUGAUUCUUGGUGGCAUAACAUUUCAUUUUGUGGAGAAAAACUAAUCAACGUUACAGUUGUUGUUUUUUCAACAUAGAUUUGCACAGGAGUGGUUGAGGCCGCUGGUGUUUCACAUGUCCCCUGUCCGUCUUGCCUUUUUCUUUUUAUAUUAUUAUUUUUUUUUUGCUUGGACGCCCAAUAAAUGAACAGCUGCCAUCAUUACCAGCUCUGAGUCUGCACCAGACUCCCCCAUUUCCAGCUGUGAGAAGGCCCAGUUCUGUCUCUCCCUUCCAAAGAGAAAACACACAAUGAAGUGUGAACCCGUAGCUCCGCCAGAGACAGCUGGGCCUCUCAGUCACUGCAGUGUUGUAACUAAGUCAUAAACACACUGCCCCAAAAGUUUAAAAAAAAUAUUCUAGUUGGAUGGAAAUGUUUGCAAGGCAUUACUGUUGUAUCCACAUAGCAUGAGAUUAGUCACUGCACCAGUUUACUUUCCCAGAAACCAAGUAGAACAAAUUAACAGGGCUUGACUGUAGGCACAUUUAACUGCUUGAAUUCAGAGAUGGCCGACAAAUUCCUAUACUCAUUGAAUGUACUGUAUUACUGUUUUUAAAGAUAGGAUGAACUAAUCUAGUCACCUUUUGUUAUUGGUCCUUGUUUAAUUUGUCUAAGGUAUUUUUUGUAUACAAAGGUUUACAUUUUUAUGUAUAUUUUUCUUGUGUACAAAUGAUGUAAUAUGUGUACAAACACUGUAUGUAAUAUCUGUAUAUAGUGUGAGAAAUUUGAUCUUUUGUUUUUGGAUGUAUAAAUAAAACUUGCUGUGAGGUAUUUGCUGACAGUUUGUGGUAUUUUCUUUACUGGUCACUUUAAAUUAAUUUCCACCAAUUACAAUGAGGUGAGGCGUCACUUCCAGAUGUUUCCAUGCACAUUGAAACCAGACAUUCUGGGUUUUAGUUAACUGUAUGCCAGAUAGGAAACACAAGCCAUAAGAUAAUGUAUUUCUAACCUGCUGAGCAUCUAAUUGUCAAAUGUAACUACUCAUCAAUAUUGGCUGUUGAAAUUUAAAUAAUGAAUUGAUAGCAUAUACUUUACUGCAAGUGUGAGUAGGAAUCCCCCUCUUAAUGUAAAUUAUUCUGCUUUGGUUGAUAGAACAUGGUCUUUGUUAGCAGCUGAAGUCAGGGUUGUCGUCACAGAAUUGUAACUUUUGUCACCUUUUAAGUCAACUUAGCUAUUUUUCACAACUAUAUACAGCAACACAUUAUGCAAGAAUGACGCAAUGUAAGAUGAACAACAGGUCUUGUUUAAAUGUAUGAUUCAGUCAAACAAUGGCAAAACUCUAUGAAAUUUGUACUUGAUUUUUAUUUUUAUCCUUAAUCAUUUGACAACUUUCAAUAGACCCAACAGCACUGCCCUGAAUUAGCAAACAUGUAUACUGGACUAUAAACUGUCAGCAAAGUCACACAAAAUGAAAUGCACAUUUUAAGUGAGUGCUAUCCAGUGUUUACUGAAACUUUAACACAUCACAGAACCAAAAUUGACUCCCUCUAUUACAUAAUACCGCUCUUUUGGGUUACAAAAAUAGUUUAAUAGAAUAUAUGCCUACUUGUGCUAAGAAAUUACUCCUGGCGUUCACACUGCUUUAUUGCCAUACAUCAACAUACCAGGGAGGGGAAAGGAAAUAAAUCGAGUGUAAUUGCGACAUAAUAUUGUAGCUUUUUAAAGUACCAUUUUUAAAAAACAAAAAUAAAUCUGCAAAGUGCCACACAUUUGAGAUAAAGAGUCAUAAAAGACAAUGUAAAAGGUGCAAAUUGUAUUGAAUGCGUCUGUUUUGGAUGGAGGGCUCACAUGGCAAAUUUCACAUGAGAAGUUUGAAUGGAGAGUUGAGAUUUUCCUUCACAGAAGAGUCAAAAACAAAAGGAAAAAAAAAGAGUGAAAAUGGAAAUCAUUGAGUCUGGUAUUUUUUCUUGAUUUUACUUUUCCUUUAAACAUUAACAUAAGAGAAUCAAAAGAAUAAUUUGACAUUAUGGGAAAUACUCUCAUUUGCCUACUGGUGGAGGGUUAAAGGAAAUAUAAAGCUACAGCUAGCAUAGCAACACAUCUGCAGUUUUGUUGAGACUCUAGGAAGUUACUGGUCCAAGCCAAGAAACAGUCCAGUACAAAACCUCUUUUAAAUUACCGCACUAUCCUUUCAGGUUUUUACGAAUAAAACACACAAACCUAUAACAUGUUGAUCAAUGAGCUUUAAAAAGGUGCUCGAUGCGUUUCUUCUGGACAGAGCUAGGCUAACUGUCCCACCCUGUUUCCAGCCUUUGUGCUAAGCUACCUGACAUAGCCAUAUAUUUAACAAACAAUUGUAUUCCCGUACUGUUGAAAUCUCUCUUUAACUUGCCCUGUCUCAUGUUGUACCGUGUAUUGCCCAUAGAAAAAAAAAUAUACAUCAUCUGACUGACUUCAUAAGAAUUUUGAAAAUUCCUCUAGUCUGAGAAGAUGAAAAAAACGUGUUCAUGCAUGCAUCAUACUGGCAAGGAAUUCAAUAAAUUAUUUUUGAUCUUUUAUCAUUUAAAAGCAUUGCUGCAUGUGCAUUUCAAUGCAUGCGCAGGAGGGGACAAAGAAAAACAACAAAAGCAUCGGAUCUAACAUUUUAAAGCUGAUACUAUUCAUUCCAUUCAUCACAAAUACUCUAAGGCUGAUUCGACUCUGUUCGGGAGGACUCAACAUUCCUGCAGUCCCGCAGCAGUGUGCUACAACGCAUACUGCUGGGGCCAACCACUAGGCUUUUUACUGUUAUACCAUCAUGCACAUUCCUUUAAAACUACAGUCACAAGUAGACGCAGUGCCGCUGGUCUCUGAACACCGCGUGGCUUUAUGUUAAUAUGUACAUCGGACAGCAGUGUUAUCUACUAUGUGAGAAGUCUUUGUCUAUGCAUUUACUGUACAACUGAACAACCUCUCAGGAGUCCAAAUGGAAAGAUAGAGCCAGGCAAAUCUUACACUGCAUGAGUCCAAGAAGUGAGACUUCAGGUGGACUUUUUUUUAGUCCCGGACAGCAUACCUGCAAAAUACUUUUAAGUCUCGUGCUACUGUUUUAUGGCUACUUUGUUUAUAGUCAAAAAGGCAUUUAUACUUGAAGUGCAAUUAAAGCUGUAGGUACGCUGAGGAGAUAGAUAGUACCAGGGCAGCUCCUAGGAAGACUAACAGAGUCUGCGCUUUCAUAAACUUGAUGAUGACAUUGCCCUGUUAAUGGAAUGAAUGGACGAAACCUCAGUCGGUCUAACCAGUCGAAACACACAGCAAAAAAAAGAAGGGAUGAGGCAAAGUCCAACAAACCAACACGACUCGACGCCUUGUGGAGUCGGCGCUGGCAACAGAGCAUCCAGUGUUCAAAACUGGCGGGGGCUUCAUGGAUCCAGCCUUUUUGUUUUUUUACAUUCUCCAACAAUAUUAAAUCCACAGCAUCGAGUGUGAAACCAAAAAAGUUAAAAGAGAAUUAGGAAAUAUAGAAUAAAUCAAAAGUAAAACAUGAUAGAGGGCAGACAUUUUCAUUCACUGGAUGAGUCAUUUCAAAAGUUUUACAGCUGGAGAAAUCAAAGACUGAUAUACAAAAGAACAAGUAGAAAGGCAAGGCAAUCUCAUGUAUGGCCAUUUUAGUCUCUCAAAAUAUUUACCUCACAACCAUUAUCUACAGUUUGCAUUUGGCCAUUUGUACACAGUGGUUCCAUUACAAACACUCCAUUAUUUUUUUCAUGAAUCUGUAGAAAUUAGCUUAUUUACAAGACUGUACAACCACCCUAGAGCUCUUUCCGUCUCCCAGAGGAACCAAUCCACUUAAAGCAGGAUACCUGAGUUUUUCAAUAGAAUGCUUCACCCCACUCGUCACUCUUCACCACACAUUUCACAGGAUAUCUCGCACAGCCACACACACAUGCACACAAUUAAUCAAGCAAGGUACUCUCUCCAGAAGGAUGCCGAGUGUAAACCUUUUGUGAAAAAGCCACAAACUCACCAAAACCAAUAACUCAAGAGUCCUUGCAGAAAGAGAGCUGACUCCAUCAUUAAAACAAACAACAAUGUGAAGGAGGUAUUGAGAGGGGGCAUCUUACAGCAGGUGGCAGUCAUGGAAGCAGCAGAGCGGCUGGCCACUGACUGUCCUUAAUAGGACCCUCUGGUGAUGUGCUAGCAUAUAAA